AUGCCAGGACGAAUGCUCUUUCGAUAUACUCGUGAAGAGGUGGCCAAACAUAAUACUAUUUCAGAUCUUUGGGUAAUUUAUAAUAACAAAGUUUAUGAUGUGACAGAAUUUGCGGAGGAUCACCCGGGUGGACCAGAGCUAAUUAGAGAGUGGGGAGGCAAAGACGUGACAAAAAUUUUAGUUGACCCAACUUCACAUGUACAUUCCGACGUGGCAUACGAGGUUUUAGCAGAUUUAUGUAUGGGGGAAAUAGUUGAAGGACCUUUAACGGGCAAUACUUUGAGUUUAAUGGAUAAUAAAACUACAGACCACGAUAAAGGUUUUGACGAAAGAACAGCUGAUCGAUUUCACCCGCAGACCACCGAUAUUACGUAUGAUUUUCACAAAGAGAAAUUCCUUGACCUUAAUAAACCAUUGUUUGAACAAGUGGUGAAUAGUAAAUUUAGCAAAGAAUUUUACCUUGAGCAAAUUCAUCAACCACGUCAUCUUCCGUAUUCGGCAAAGAUAUUUGCGAAUCCUUGGUUAGAAAUUUUAACAAAAACUCCAUGGUAUGUGAUUCCAAUAGUAUGGAUUCCACUUAUAUCAUAUCACAUAUUCAUGGCAUCAGAGUUAGGAUCAAGACCUGUUACGAUAUUAUUCUUCAUUGGUAUCGGAAUUUGGACCUUAUUAGAAUAUGGACUUCAUAGAUAUUUAUUUCAUGUUGAUUCAUUUUUACCCGAUCAUCCUUACGCACUUACAUUGCAUUUUACUUUACAUGGAAUUCAUCAUUAUUUGCCCAUGGAUAAGCUUCGUCUUGUAAUGCCUCCGGUUCUUGGAUUCGCGAUUGCGUUGCCAAUUAUGCAAUUCGCAUAUUCGGUUUUUCCAAUUAAAAUUGCUCACGCUUUAAUGGCAGGUGCAAAGUUUGGUUAUAUAUGUUAUGAUUUAACUCAUUAUCAUCUUCAUCAUGCUAGACCUUUUGGUAAACAUUUGAGAGAGAUGAAAACUUAUCAUUUAGGUCAUCAUUACAAGAAUUAUGAGUUAGGCUACGGAAUUACAAGUAAAAUGUGGGAUUAUGUGUUUGGGACAAUUUUGGAUGAGUGA